AUGACAUCAAACAUUGCAGAGUCAUUGAAUGCGGUAACAAAAGAUGCAAGAGAGCUGCCCGUAGUAGAACUAUUAGAGUACAUGAGGACUCUUCUUGAAAGUUGGAAUAAUGAAAAGUUAUCGAAAGCAAAGGGUACAUUCACAUACCUUGGGAAACAUUAUAACAAAGAGUUGGAGGACAACAUGACAUUAUCACAGAAGAUGAGAUUCCAACUUGACGAACAUCCUUGUCCACAUGCUUUGGCGGCCUUGAGGCACAGGGAUGAGUCUUAUGAAAACUAUUGUUCUCCUUAUUGCACGAGGGAGAGUCUUUUGAAGACUUAUGAAAUACCAGUAGACCCGCUGCCUGACGAAAGCAAAUGGAAUGUGCCACAACAUGUAGCUGAAGAAGUUGUAAAGCCACGAACUGGGAAAAGACAACGAGUGAGACCUCAGAAACAAAGCUACAAACCAUAUGAUGAAGUAAAAGCAAAAAAGGUGAAAAACGCGGCCGAAACCGCGACCGUGGAGCUGAGGCGGGCUGAGGCAGUAUACCUGCCAUAUACCGCGGUUGUACCGCGGUUGACCACGGCCGCGGCAGUCCAGACGUGA